AUGCAGCAAGGCUCACAUCGGCCGUGCUCCUCGUGCUACAUCAAGGAGACACAUCUGGCAGACCUCGCACAGAAGUCGGUGGUGCGGACGGUGGAGCUGCACAGACGUGUUGUGGCGGCAAUUCAAACGGCUGACGACAGCAAGGAGGCGGAGAAAAUCAAGAGACGAUUGUCCACACACCCUGUGCAGGUGAGCACUUUCAGUCCCGUGAUAUCUGGAGAGGUGGAACUUCGCUGGACAACGUGGGGAAACGUGUUCCUCGCGUGCGCGGCGGACCUUCUCCAUGUCCUGGAUGGGGGAAUGCUGCCACGCAUGGGCAAGUGCUUCAUGGUUGGGAAGAGCAAGCCGGAGCGGCGUGAGUUCGAGAGGCGCCGCAAAGAGCAAAAGAAGGACACGCGGGCAAGUGUGGUGCGCAUCCCGGGGGGGACCACUUGGUUCAGCACAGGGGCGAACUACGCCGCAUUCGAGAACAAGGGGAUGAUGCAGGUGAUGCCACUGCUAAUCGCAGGCAACAUGGAGAAGAGCAAGCCACAGGUGAAGCAGAAACGGGAACGGGAGGUCGCGGCGUUUGUGGCGUACGCCAGCUUCUACAAGGCGUUGGUGGGCGAGACAAAGCACACUGACGAGUCACUGGACGACGUCCGAGAGAUGGCAGUGCACAACUGGUAUGACAUCCCCCGCCGUAUUGUCGAGGAGGAGGUGCAGCGCGAGAUUGCACGGAAGGUGGCGGCGGACGGUGGCGGAAACAGGCAGUAUGUCACAGUGCUGCGCGAGGUGAGGGUCGUGCGAACACUGAAGCCCGUGCUAACGAAGAAGUCACGGAGGGCGCACGUGGACGAAGACCUGGACGCGGUGAUGUGGGCGUAUCACGAGGCUCAUGGGUCCGUCAUGGAUGCACUCGCCGGGUGCAUGAGGGCGGCAGGCAUUCCCACCACGAUCAUUGAGGUGCAUACCGCCGUGGCAAUCCCACGAACGCGAGGGGGUGAGCUUGUGCCGAAUGGCACAUUUGUGAAGGCCAGCCCUUCUGAGAGGUGGUUUUCCGACAUUGCAGUGACCAACCCCGACGAAGAGGAGUGGUACACAAGGUGCCUCUGCAUCUUCCACGCAAACGGGGCGGACGACGCCAUGGGGCGGCACGUGUACGUGAAGUACUACGAGGCAGAGGACAUGUGCCCGUUGACGACAUGCUUGCAGCUGACUCCGGGGCAUGUGAGAACAAGAUAUGCGGUGGUGGAAGUGGAGUGCAUCCAGAGGGUGGUGCACGUGUGCAAGUCAUAUGUGAACAAGCGCGUCAUGCUCCUGAACAAGUUCCUGCUGACAGAGUGA